AUGCGAUCGUCUUCGGAGCCUCGCAUCUCCUGGCGGUGGUAUGCUGCCAUUGCAGCUCUGCUACCGGGAUGUCUUGUCAAUUCCAGCCCGUCUGUGAACGUGGCACUUCAAGCCUCCUUUGACUCGGCCCCAUACCUCGUCGAGCUCUUGGAAUCGGCUGCCGAAGAGAACUCUACAUCCUACUUCCCAUUGCUAGAUCGCAUUGCCGACGGUGUAUUUGAGGAACUCACGACCGAGAAGGAAUUAUAUGACCGCUUCUUGACAGUCGUCCAGGAUGAUGGACAUCUGCGAAGUCCUGAGAGCCUAUCUUCAUUCAAGCUGUCGCUUUCGCUCCGAUCUUCGGCUCCUCGAAUCGAGGCUCACUACCAAUUCUAUAACACGUCUGUCCAGCAGUCGUUGAUGGUUGCCCAGGAUGCAGUCUGUCCUGUCUGGGUACACUUGGAGGACAAGCAGUAUUGCUCUUCCGCAAUGGAGCGUGCGCAGCAAGAUGUACAGGGAGAUUUAGAUCCUCGAGAAUUACCCUUUGACCGCGUGCUUGGCGACAUAUCGCUUCCCCCGGCUGUUUUAUAUGCAGACGUUGCCUCGCCGACUUUUAAAGAUUUCCACGAAACACUGAGCAACAUGGCCAAGCAGGGACAGAUCUCAUAUCGCGUGCGGUACCGGCCUCCUCAGCAUUGGAUCUCUCGUCCUUUGUUUGUGUCUGGAUACGGAGUAGAGCUUGCUCUGAAGAAGACAGAUUACAUUGUGAUUGACGAUCGAGAUGCCGAGAAGCUUGAAGAAGAAGGCGCCAAGAGUCACAAUGACCAAGAGGAACUCAAGGAUGAGGCUCCGGAUGACCUCCGGCCUCUUUCUGCCUCAGAAGUCAUCCACCUGGGGUUGAAAUCCGCUGCGUACGUCAUGGACAGCGCUAAUCCUCUGGACACGUUGAUCAAGAUGUCACAAGAUUUCCCUAAAUAUUCUUCUGUCGUAGCUUCCCAUGACCACUCUGGGGAACUGGCUCAAGAGAUCCGUCAUAACCGGGUGAAGAUGCUCCCGGGUGGCUAUAACGCUAUGUGGAUCAAUGGCGUCCAGAUGGACUCGCAGCAGAUCGAUGCCUUCUCUCUCCUUGAGCAUCUGCGCCGCGAGAGGAAGUUGAUUGAGAAGUUCCGCGGCUUGGGUCUCUCUGCUGAUGAUGCUGUGAAGCUGCUGUCCCAUCGCCUCCUCACCGAGGCCCAGGCCGGUGGCGAUGAGCAACGUUAUGAUUACCGGGAUGACUUGGAAGACAACCAGGUCAUCAUGUGGAUGAAUGAUCUGGAGAAGGAUUCCAGGUACGAGAACUGGCCCAGCAACCUUGAAUCGUACAUCUCUAGCGGUCACCCUGGACAGCUGCCUCCUGUGAGACGAGAUCUGCACAACGUCAUUCUGCCGGUGGAUCUUUCUAGCCCAGAGGACAUGAUGCUCGUGGCUGGUAACAUUCAGAUGUUCAUCAAACGAGGAAUACCCGUGAGAUUCGGUCUGGUUCCAACUACAUCAUCCCCCGAGUCGAUUGCACAGCUGAAGGUGGCACACUAUCUCUUCAGUGGCUUCGGUCUGGAGUCUCUCGCACAAUACUUUGAGCAAUUCGCUUCAAGUGGAAAGCGUGGGUUCCCAGACAAGUCAUCUUUCCAGUCUGCAACCAAGGACCGUGCCAUCCCCGAUGAUUUCGCUUCAUUGUCUUUUGACCAAGUACUGAAGAGCGAGAAGUACAAUGCUUUGGUGCCUCAAACCACUGCCUACCAGCGCCGACUGAGUCUCAAUGGAGAGGUACCUCAGCUCUUGGUGAAUGGUAUCCCUGUGCCCCGCGAAGGCAAUUGGAUGCAGGGAUUGAGUAUGCAGAUCAGUAGAGACCUGAAGUUGAUCCAGCAGGGCAUUGUUGAGGGAAUUCUCGAGGAAGAUUCUUACCUUCCGGACUUCUUCCUGGCCAGUGCAUUUGAGAAACGCAACACCUUCCUCAUGCCUGAAGACCCAAAGAGUGUCCAGAUUGUGGACAUUGCCAACAUUCUCAACAAAGAUGUCCUGGACAAGAUUCCUCGUCUUUCUUCGAGUAGCAGUGCCACCGAGAGCGUUCACAUGGUCAUUGUGGGUGACUUUGAGUCAGAGGAGGGGUUGAACUUGCUCACCGAAGCCAUAGCUCUUCAGAAGGAGCGAGCUGAGGUCGAGAUACUUGUGCUGCACAACCCAACAUCAGACGACGAGGCUGUUCCAAAGAGAUUGAUCGCCAUAUCCGAUGCCAUUGCAAAGGGUGGCAGCGUAGAGGAGGCCUUGUCAUCUGAGACUGAUUCUAAAUCUCAGGUCGAGUUUGAAGAGUUGCUUGCUCUACAUCAGCGCGUGACCAAAGAACUUGGAUUCGUGCCUGGCACAGAAGGUCUUGUUGUCAAUGGACGACUGGUGGGCCCCAUCGAAAAGACAGAUGCCCUCAGUGUCAACGAGUUGCGCCAAUUGAUCGACUAUGAGCGGGCCAAACGCCUCGACGUUGUUGCACUUGCUGUCAUUCAACUUGGCUUUGAUACCAAGGUAUCAAGCCCACUCGACUUCGCCAAGUUAACCUCGCUCGUUGCUCUUUCUACAAUCUCUGAUGUCCCCGAGGGUAUCUUCGAGAACACCCCUGACUUCAGAAUGGAUGUGUCCCAAAAGUGGCGGACUAAGCUUUCCGUCAUCACUCUCUCCAACUCUGAAGACCCCGCGAUUAACGUCGCCGUUUCCCUCGACCCUGCAUCUGAGGUUGCUCAGCGAUGGCUUCCAAUCCUCAAGGUUCUUUCUGAACUGUCUGGUGUUCAGUUGAAGAUUUUCUUGAACCCCAAGGAGGAGAUGAAGGAACUCCCCGUCAAGCGAUUCUAUCGCUAUGUGCUGGACUCGGAGCCUUUGUUCACAGAGGAUGGAGCUGUGGCCCGGCCCCAAGCGUCCUUUACCGGCGUGCCAGUCGAGGCACUGUUGACUUUGGGCAUGGAUGUACCCUCGGCUUGGCUUGUAGCACCGAAGGAUUCUGUCUACGAUUUGGACAACGUCAAGCUGAGCUCGGUCAAGGCUGGUGGCAACGUCGAUGCCAUCUACGCACUGGAGCAUAUCCUCAUCGAGGGCCACUCUCGUGAUCUCACCACAAAGACUCCACCAAGAGGCGUCCAACUCACCCUGGGCACCGAAGCCAGCCACUACUUCGCGGAUACUAUCAUCAUGGCCAACCUGGGAUACUUCCAAUUCAAGGCCCAGCCAGGACUCUGGCAGAUCAACCUGAAGCCCGGCCGCAGCGAGAAGCUGUUCAACAUUGACAGUGUGGGCGCUUUGGGAUACCGCCCCCAGGCCGGUGACCAGAACAACGAAGUUGCUCUGCUAUCUUUCCAUGGCCGGACCUUGUUCCCACGCCUGUCACGCAAACCAGGCUACGAGGAAGAAGAUGUCUUGGAGACGGGUAUCCAGCCCGGCUCCGCGACUGACUAUCUCGCCAAGGGGCUCAGCUUCGCUUCGGGCGUUCUCUCCAGCGUUGGUGUCAACUCCAAGUCUGGGGGUGAACAACACGCGGAUAUCAACAUCUUCUCAGUGGCAAGCGGGCACCUUUAUGAGCGCAUGCUCAACAUCAUGAUGGUCUCAGUGAUGCGCCAUACCAAGCACAGCGUCAAAUUCUGGUUCAUCGAGCAAUUCCUUUCUCCCUCUUUCCGUGCCUUCCUCCCCUCCCUGGCUCAGGAAUACGGCUUCUCCUAUGAGAUGGUAACCUACAAAUGGCCUCACUGGCUCCGAGCCCAGAAGGAGAAGCAGCGGGAGAUCUGGGGCUAUAAGAUGCUCUUCCUAGAUGUGCUUUUCCCCCUUUCUCUCGACAAAGUCAUCUUCGUCGACGCGGACCAGAUCGUCCGUACAGACAUGCACGAUCUCGUCACUCACGAUUUGCAAGAAGCGCCUUACGGCUUUACCCCGAUGGGCGACUCCCGCGCCGAGAUGGAGGGCUUCCGCUUCUGGAAGCAAGGCUACUGGUCCAACUUCCUUCGCGGCAGACCCUAUCACAUCUCGGCUCUGUACGUUGUCGACCUAAAGCGCUUCCGCGCUCUUGCCGCUGGUGACCGUCUCCGUGGACAGUACCAGAUGCUCUCGUCGGACCCCAACAGUCUCAGCAAUCUGGAUCAAGAUCUGCCCAACCACAUGCAGCACCAUAUCCCCAUCCACAGUCUACCGCAGGAGUGGCUUUGGUGCGAGACCUGGUGUGCCGAUGAGGACUUGAGCAAGGCCAAGACUAUUGAUCUCUGUAACAACCCUCUUACAAAGGAACCCAAGCUGGAGCGGGCAAGGAGGCAAGUUCCUGAAUGGACGGUCUACGAUGACGAGAUUGCGGCUUUGGCUAGUCGGGUCGCUGGUGAACAGGCUGAGUUCGUGCAGACCGAGGAUAGAAAGGAUGAACUUUAG